UCGGCGGCGGGCUCGGGUCGGGAGGUAGGCGGUGGGGCGGACGCUUCAGUAGUUGGUGGGCUUCCCCUUCCUCAGCUUGGCACUUUUUGCAGCAGCGCCUGAGUGUAGGGGGAGGGGAAGCUUUUCGUUUUCUUCUCCCCCUCCACCCUGCUGCUUCUGGGGUAGGUAAAGGCCGAGGUAGAAGGGGAGGCUCUUCCUCCCGACCCCCCGAGAGAUAUGUGAGGGAGGCAGGUUGCGAGGGAGGCGGGGGGGGGGGCAAAAGUAUUCGCUCAAAAGUGAGCUCCACGUUCUCCCCGCCCCUUGAGGUUCCCGCCCACAAUGCCUUCUUUCUCUCUCUCGUCCCUCCCCCCGCCUGCCCCCCACACCCCGAAUUCCUUCUCGGAAAGUUCGGAUAGAUUUGUGUGCAGAGUUCCACAGGUGGGGGCGAAGCACCGCUGUCUCUGCUUCUCUUUCGAGACUGGAUGCAUGCAACUCUUUCCAGGGAAAGCGAGUCUGCAGGUGUUAUGGCAGUCUACUGCAAGAGGGUCCUAGUAAUACUGCUUGCUUUUCAAGGACUUCUAAUAGCGAGUGCUUAUAAUGAGGAAGAAGACAUACCUGAAGAAUGGAUUCUCCUUCAUGUGGUUCAAGGUCAGAUUGGUGCUGGAAACUACAGCUACUUAAGGUUAAAUCACGAAGGGAAGAUAGUGCUUCAGAUGCAGAGUUUAAAAGGGGAUGCAGACUUGUACAUAUCUGAUGUGACCCUUCACCCCAGUUUUGAUGAUUAUGAAUUGCAGUCAGUAACUUGCGGUCAAGAUGUCGUUUAUGUGCCAGCGCACUUCCGCCGUCCAGUGGGAAUAGGGAUUUAUGGCCAUCCCUCUCAUCUGGAAAGUGAAUUUGAAAUGAAAGUGUACUAUGAUCAAACAGUUGUGGAAUCUCCAUUUGGUGGUGGCUCCUACAAUCCAGAAGAUACAGAUUUGAACCAGAAGCAGUUUCAUGCAAGAGAAGAUGAGUCUCAGGAUGAAGAAUCAGUCUUCUGGACUAUACUAAUUGGAAUAUUAAAAUUAAUACUUGAAAUUCUGUUUUAGAUUCAGAGCUAGACAACUGGUCUUCACAUGUGAACAAUAUAGACAAAUGAAUGAAUGCUAUCAUGUGAGCAUUAGUACUAACUGAUACUUUCUUUGCCAGGGAGGGGGAAAUAAAGCCAUAACUAAUUUUGUAUUGUAAACUUUUCCCACAGGUACACUGCAACAGGCACAAUAUUUGUAUAAGUUUUCUCUUAACUGAUCAGGGUCAAAUAUGAGUAUUACAGUUCACUGUGACUUUGAAUAAAACUGAUUUUCUAUACAAAGAUUUUAAGAAUAGUAAAAAGACUAAUCUCCAUACAGUAUUUCAGCACAUUUCAAUUAUAAAUACUUUAACUUCUUCUGUAUGAAUACACUAGGAGCAAAUACCAUUUUUAAAGGCUAGCAGCUUUUGGAGCAUGAAAGCCAUUUAACUAAGGUUGCUUUCAUAUGAUAUGAUAUGAUAUAACAUCCUAAAAAAGAAAAUAUGAAUUAUCCUCCUUUUCUUGUGGUUUGAUGGGAGAAGCAUUGACUUAAGAGACAUAAUUUGGCAUGACCAAUAUAAGGUCUACAUGAUUUCUUGCUGUAAACCUAAAUUCAUUAUAUCAUAUGAGAUUUGUACCACUUGAUGGAUUUUUUUUCUUGUCAGGCAUUAGUACUCUGCUUAAAGGCAACUCCCAUCAGAAAACAGUAAUUGCCAACUAGUGAUUCAGUCAUUUUCUUUGAGCUGGACAGAGAACACAAGUGAUUGCUAUGCAAUAAAUAAAGUCUGUUGUGCAAUGACUGCUAUGCAGCAGCACUGUAUCCAUGAAACAAUUGAUAGAUUUACAGAAUUUCACCAGGGCACUUUCCCUCUAAAUGGGAUUUUCAAGCAAAGCUACUGGAAUAGAAUGUAUCCUUCCCUAUCCUCCUAAAAUUAAAAACUUUAUUUGGUGAAAAA